UGAUGUAAGUGUGUAAAGGUUAAGGAUAAGUUGCAGUGCUGUUCUUUCAAUAAUCAAUGUAACAUAAUACGCAAAAUGCAUUACACAUAAUAUUAUACACUCAAGGACUUUAAGAACACCCCAUUCUAUGUAUACAAGGAGAUUUAUCUUAUUUGGUUAUGAAUUAUGCAUUAAAAAUAAGGGUAAUAAUUAAUUUUUUUGUGCUAAACGAAGCAUGACUGUCUUUGAUGAAGUUCAUAUUUGGAUUAGAUUUAUCUGGAAACAAUGUCACUGGAUCAGAUUUAAUGAAUAACAGAGGUAGAACUAUAUCAAAAUAUUGGAAUAUGAUGAAUUAGGUCCAUGAACACUGAAAGAGAUGCAAGAUUCCAAGAAAAUUCUGACUUAUAAGCAGGAGAAUCUGUAAUACUUUCAUUACUCCAAAUGGCCGAGGAUCCCACUACUUGUGAUAUCUGCAGCAAACAGCAGGCAGUAGUCUUCUGCAUUAUAGACAAGCAAAACUUCUGUCUGAAUUGUCUCACAAUCCAUCAAAAAAUUGACAGCACAUCACACCAUGGAAUGCAGUGUCUUUUACCUCAAGAUAGUCUGAUACAUAUACCAUGUUUACAUCAAGACGAGCACACAUUUUAUUGUGAAAGACAUACAGAGUUGUGCUGCAAACAAUGUAAAAAUUCCAGUCACGGAGAAUGCAAGAAUUCUGUGACAAGUACCGAGGACUUGCUACAGGAAGCAGAGAAACUGAAGUCACAAAGUGAUGAAAUAGUAAGAAAACUGGAGAAAACAUGCCAAGAAGUAGAUCUUGCAAGUAAGACAACAGCAGAAAGAGAACAAGACUGGGUAAACAGAAUGCAACUUGAACUAGAGAAAAUGAACAAAGCUAAAAAUGAACUAGAAGACAAAAUUGGUAAAAAAGUUGAUUACAUGAAAGGUCAUAUGAAGAAAAGGAGAGAACAACUUGAACAGGAGAAGAACAAUUUACAAAAUGCCAUAAAUGAAAUAGGAAAACACCAAAUGGAGUUAAAUAAACAGGCAGCUGCCUCAAGUGUUGAGCAACUGAACAAAGUGGCCCUGCUAAAAAACUGUCUGAAAAAGCAUGAAGAACUCCUCAGCUCAAAAAAUGAGGAAUGUCAUAUGGCAUACCUGAAAACUAUGGAACAUGACUUUGAAGCAGAGCAUUAUGUUAGUGACACUUUACAUCAAUUCGAAGAAACCCUGAAAUCUUUGAACACUAUAUACUCUGAAGUGCAGAAGUACUUUUACCCAACACAAAUUCCUAAACUGAACACUGAGACGUUUCCUGAAGCAACUGCUACAUCAGAACAAGCUGCUGAUGUCACAAAAGUGAAGACAAUGUUCUCCAGCACUUCAAGCAGACAAAGGACACAGUCUGAAAGACAGGUUGAAGGGAAAGAAGGAAUGAAGGGCAACAGAUCAAGGGCUCAGUCUGAAUCUGCUUCCAUGGAAACCACUGAAGCUCUAAAAAUGAAAACUGAAGCUUCCACAAUCUACAGAAGAAUGGAUGGUUCACCUGAAAGAAGACACAGACAUCAUUCUACUAGAAGCCUAGAGGAGUACCAGCAAAUGGUGGAGAGAAAGGAGACUGAUUCAGCACCAAGUAUCCCAAUACAGUCACACUGCCAAAUGACUGUUCGGGUUCCUAGUGAUCAAACAGCUUGCGGAAUCACAGGAAUUGGACAACUUGAUGAUGGCUAUCUUCUUUUGGCUGAUUUUGAAAACACAAAACUAAAGGUAUUUGCACCCUGUGGAGACUUCAAAGGAGAGCUGAAUUGUGAGGACAAACCAAGAGACAUGGCAAAAACAGAAAACAACAUGUUCCUUGUUAACUUCCCUAUGGCAAAAAAGAUUUAUUUUGUCUCUGUGGAGUUAGACAGUACUGAAAACAAAAGACAAAUCAAUCUUGGCAAAAAGAUUGAUACAGGAGCAAAAUGCUGUGGAAUAGCAUUCCAUAGUAACAAGAUCUACGUGGCAACACAAAAUCCUCAUCAAAUUCUCAUCAUAAAUAUUGACGGUGUAAUAGAGAGGACUAUUAAGGGUGACAACAUGUUUGAAAGAGCUACUUACAUUGCAGUAGACCCAGAUUCUUCCCUCAUUUACAUUUCUGAUCCAAACAGAAAAGUAGUGCUAGGAAUUACAACUGACAAGGAAGAAAAGUUCAGAUAUAAAGUGGAACGACCACAUGGGAUUGUAUGUGUGGGUAAUGGGAUGCUGUUUGUUGCUGACUGGAACUGGGAAGUGGGGACAAUACACCUUGUAAAUCGUGACGGAGUAACAAUUGGAACACUAAAUAUAGAGAACUGUUACUGUCCUCAGAAACUGGUGUUCUACACGGACAGAAAUACACUCCUGGUAACACAAUGGCAGAAAGAUGUACUGACCACCAUUUACCUAGGUGACAAGGACUGCAUGACCAAGACAAUCCAAGAAAUUAAAUCCCAACAAACAAGUGAAACUAGAAGAUGCUUUUGAAGAAAAGCGCAUGUCUUCCCCAAUGCAUAGUCGUAUAGGCAAGGAGUCAAUAGGGGACAGGAGUGAAAUUCAAAGAGACACUGAUAGUUGGCUGCAAUAGGGAUCAUCUACUUGGCAGAUCCAAUCAUCCCGUUCAGUUUCAACAUUCUGGGCAAGUGGUUCUCAAGUUAUGUAUUGGAAACGGUUUUCCAUGUUCAGACCCCUGUGACCUUUAAUCAAGUGACCCCAAAAUUAGUAGAGGUCAUAUACGCUGCAUGUCCAAUCAUCCUAUUAAGUUUCAACAUUCUGGGUUAAGUGGUUCUCAAGUUAUUGAUUGGAAAGAGUUUUCUAUGUUCAGGCCUCAGUGACUUUGACCUUUGCUCAAGUGACUCCAAAAACAAGGGUCAUCUACUCUUUUAGGUUUACACCGAAGUUAUUCAGAUAUUGACGAAUUAAGACUGAAUAAUCGUUCUCAUUGCAUGUUCAUCUUUUGGAAUAUAAAUUAAAAUCUGCCUUCAUUAACAUAUAGGUUUUAAUCAUUUCUUACAGGGACAUAGCCCUCAUAUAAGUAAGGUUCUCACCACGCAUAUUACAUGCAGCUGACUUCCUGUCGGAUAUCGCUUGUAUGUUUAGCUUAAUUUUACUCUUUGUCUGAACAUCGAGUACUAAUUUUAGAAAAAUGUUAAGAAAUGCAUUUAUUCGUCAUAUCAACUGGACAACUAAAAACAUAUACUUCAUAUUUGACUUGUUUUCUACACUUUUGACAUUUUUCUUUACUUCAGUACAUCUUUUAUCGACUUUGAUUAAAAUCCAAGUCAUUAGUUAGAGUGCUGUCUGAUGAUUUUUAAUUACACGCGGUUCGCACCUAUCGAAAACAAGGCAAGUUGUAACGGAUUUACCUCAAUCUACAACCAUAAAAUUUUCUGAAGGUAAGCAAUUAGCAAUAUUAACUACAGGAUACACUGUCAUCACCAUAGCGAGGCACACGAAUAUACAAAAUGACAAUCUGACAACGACAUAAGCCAUUUUCGCACAUAUUAUAAUGGAAGUGGAUUUGGGCAAAUGAGAUAAACAAACAUUUCGCUUUUAUUCAUUUUUCAUGAUCUCAUAAUACUUACAGUGAAACAGUAUUCGAAUAUUCCUGUAAUUAAUGAAUAUUCGAAUAUUUGUUGCCAUCUCUAGUAAUUAUAUAUCUUAGCUUACCAAUUGGGGGAAAGUUACGAUUUCAAUUCAUGAUAUUUUGAAAUCAAGACAUUUCAGUAUUGAAUAAAAUAUUAAAUUGGGCAUAAGUGUUUUUUAGCAGUGAACAAUAAUUGAAUGGUACAAUUUAUAUUAUUCUUAUGCACCAUUUUUUUUUAAAUGCAAUAAGUGAAAAAAGGUGUUUCUACUUCUGUAAUGUUGAAUGUUUCAUUUUUGAGAAAUUCUGAGACUCAAUCCUGCAGCUCCAUGGUCAAAAACAUACAUUAACUAGAGACUGAGCUGUAACUCAUGUAUUAAAGGGAUUUUAAAAUAAGUAUCAAUAAAAUUCAUCUCAAGUGUUGCCAAGUAUGAGCAGUGCUCAGCUUCUGCGCAUGCGCACUGUAACUGGAAUUCUCCUCCAGUUGACAAUCUCUUGUGUAAACAUUACAUCUAAGUAAGUUAAAACAACCGGGAUAUUCAAAUAAUAAAUAACUUCGGUAAUUCUAGGUUUUCGCUGCUAUGUAAAGGCAACAAAGGUCUAGAUGAUAUGAUAUUGUUACCCAGAUUUACAACGGCAUAAAGUCUAUACAGCACAAAAGGUAAAAAGUCCGGAAAACUACUUGGGUCUGGAAACUACUUGGAAACCAGUAAGGACUUUGACACACCAUCUGAACAACUUUUCACAGAACUCAAAUGGAUGACAUUUGCUGACAGAGUCACUUCUAAAAUAGCAAUUUUAAUGUAUAAAUCAUUGAAUAACAUUAGUUCAGAAUAUCUUAAGUGAAACAUUUAUCACAUAGAAAGACAGACUAGAUCUACUGAAAAUCGUGUGCUUUUUGUGCCAAAAGCUAGGAUAAAAUUUUCGAAAAUCACUGGCCUAUUCUAGACCCAUAAUCUGAAAUUGUAUCCCAAAAUCGAUUUGCCUUUCAGACUGUCUACAAAAAUUCAAAUCAUCCUACAAGUUUGAGGUGGACAUACACUUGUAGCAUACCAUAAGACCAGAUUUUUAACUCACCCUCUUACUUUAUACACUGGUAGCAUGCCAUAAGACCAGAUUUUUAACUCACCGUGUUACUUUAAACACUGGUAGCAUACCAUAAGACCAGAUUUUUAACUCACCGUGUUACUUUAAACACUGGUAGCAUACCAUAAGACCAGAUUUUUAACUCACCGUGUUACUUUAAACACUGGUAGCAUACCAUAAGACCAGAUUUUUAACUCACCGUGUUACUUUAAACACUGGUAGCACACCAUAAGACCAGAUUUUUAACUCACCGUGUUACUUUAAACACUGGUAGCACACCAUAAGACCAGAUUUUUAACUCACCGUGUUAUUUUAUACACUGGCAGCACACCAUAAGACCAGAUUUUUAACUAUCUGUGUUACUUUAUAUACAAUGUACAUUUUAAGGUAAAUAUGUGUAAGUCACUUUCAUCACACUUUAUCUUUACCAUAUUAACAUGCCUUUGUAUUAAUGUGACUGUGUUUUUGCACCAUUUUUAGAUUUCUUAAACCAUUAUUAUGUUCUUUUACCAUUAUGAACAUGCCGUUGUAUACAUGCUUGACCAUGCUGAAAAUUAGUCUUUGACCUAAUAUAUUUAUAUAUCCACAAUUAAUAAUGUUGUUAUUAUUACUAUUAUAUCGUAUUGAGUUUGUCCUAUUGGUCAAAAUAUCAAAUAAUUAAAAAGAACAAAAAAAGUUUUUGUAACAUAUUCUGACUGUCAUUUUAGUGUAUUUCUGCAAGCUUAAAUCAACUGUUGUUAUGCCGAGACAGUAAUAGCAUUUUAACCUCUUUUUCUAUGCAAAAAAUCAUUUAUGUUUUGAUUGCUAAUUUCAAAGGCGCCCACUGAAAAUCAUGACGUGUCCUAUGUUAAUUAAGCAUGUGAUGUGAUGAAACCAAUUUUUCACCGGUUAUUUUUUUUUCACGCACUGACUGGAAUUUACCCGAGAGUUUUUAAGGAAAUCAAAACACUGCGCUGGUAAUUUUCCGAUGCUGAAGCAUGUAUGAUAUAAUUUACGUAAUGAAAAAAUACGAUUUGCACCUGUUGUAUUAUUUCUGUUUGUUACUCUCUUCUUAAUAAUGGUGUUGUAACGAGAGGAUAUCUAACAUGCCAUCUGCAAAACUUACAAAGUCAUCGUAAUUAAUUACUAAUCAAGAAAUACAUGUUUUCUCGUUUUUUUAAA